GAGCCUCCCCGGCUGGGCCAUGGCGGCCGCGCGAGCUGCUCCGGCCGGGCCCGGCACAACCGACUCGGAGGGCCCGGAGGCGAGGGUCCGCGAGCGGUCGGGCGGGAGGGCGGUGGCGGCGCCUUCAGGCUCUCGUCAUGCGGCCCGCAGCGGCCCGGCCCGGGAGCCAGCGCUGCCGGACAGGGGAGCGGGGCUGGGGGAUUGGGGGAGGACUGGGGGGAGGGAGGGGGACGAAAAAGUGGAGGAAGAGGAGGCGGGGAGGGGGACCGGGGAGAAGGGAGGCCCUCGCCGGAAGUGCCUGUCAACCGCCCGGCCGCGCAGGCGCACGACGUACACGUGGCACUUCCUCCUAGUGGGCCGGGACGGAAAGGGGGCGGCUCCCGGGGCUCCUUCACCUGCCGCGCCGCUCUCGCCGGCCUCGCCCUAUGCGCUGUGCGUCACGCGUGGAUCAGGAGGAGGAGUGAGAGAGGACUGUGCCCGCCACGUCAUGGAGCCGAGCCUUUUGCCAGCUCAUCCAGCAGUGCUGGGGAGGGAGUUUAUCUGGCACUCGCUGUCUGCGUGGGUCACUUCCUUUCCCAGUUAGGAUCAUCGGUCUGGAGUUGGAAAGGGCAUCCGAAGCCAUCCAGUCCAACCCUAUUUUACAGGGAGGGAAACUGAGACCCACACCAGCUUCCGUGCCUUUCUGGCACUUUGGAGAGUCGGGGAGUGGAGAGAGCCCAGCCACUUUAAUAUGCCUAACAGCUCUGGAUAUUCAGAGGGACAGUGAGAUUGUCUGACCCCUUGCCCCCACUUCAGAGUUCUGUUCACUUUGAAUGAUCUUAGAUAAAUUGUUCUGGUUUUGUGCCUUGUGUCUUCAUAUACAUAAGACUGAAAUGUUUGUAAAGUUCUUCGAAAUCUUUGUAUGAAUAGCAUUUCAGAAAUAGAUUCUAUAAUUUGUUUCUAAGCCAAGCAUAACAAUGUCUAACCUCAAGGAAUGGCUGCUAGACCACCGUCAGACACCCAAGCCCUGUUUCUGCUGCAGACCCUAACAUAACAACUUGGGCCAGGUUCAUAGCUGAGGGACCCUGCUUUUAAUCAAAGGAGCUAGACCUCUCUGUUCUUAUACUCAUUGCAUCCUGAACUCCACCCCAGCUCCCCUGGACAAUUUUUGUUAUUGGAUCACAUCUAGAGGCUCCAUAAAAGGAGACUUUAAAAAAAACUAAUGAAUAUACAUGAUUAAUCAGGGAUAGGACAGUUAAUUUAUUCCUACACAUAAAAGGGGUCCAGGUCCCAUCACCCCAUCAGAAGCAGGACAUUGGAACCUAUAGAACUCACAAGGUUGCC